CAAUUUAGUAGUGACAACAACAGAAAUGUAUUCGUUUGUAUCUGCAAUGAUUUGUACAUUGAAACAUUCAGGCAGAUGUAUUAAGUAAUAAAGAGUGUAAAGAUUUCGAUUGAAAUAUCUGAUAUGGUUUCUAGAAGUUAAAAUUGGGUAGUCGACUUUAUACGAAAUUUUGUCGGCGACUACCAGUCGGGCUGUGAAACACUCUUCUUCACUUCCUCGCACGGUGUCAAAGGGAGUGCAUUAUGUGUUCUCAGUGAGUACAGAUUAAAUGCAGAAAGAAAAGUCAAAAUGACAGCAAAAUAACUACGUUCCAGCGAAAAGAUUCAGCAACACAAACCUUGUUUGAGCAAUAUAAUACGGGAAAAUUUGAGUUAAUAGAACAUAUUUCUUACGAAUUAAGUGAAGAAAGUGAAAUUCAUAAGUGAUUUACAAAAUGUAAAAUGUUUCAUAUAAAAUAAUUCUAUGGCUCUUUUAGAAUAAGAUCGCAAAACUUCAUGUGCUUGAACAUAUCGCAACUGUUAAAGAGGUCAUUAGUGAGCGAGUGUAAAAGUUAUUCUGAUACUAUAUUCUUUUUUUAAUAAUAAUUCGACUUCCGCACCGCCUACAUAAUAGUGAUAAAAGAUAUACUUAUUAAUUAUUUUCGCGAAAAUAAAAUUAAAAUCUCUAAAAAAUUACCAUACAAAAAGCAACAAGCAUCGAUACUUGAAGUAGUAAAUAGAUAAAUAUAAGCUGAGAAGUAACGUAUACACAAUGUUUGGAAUUGUGUAAAGCCAAAAAGGAUAUUAUUUCAUCAUUGGGCAUUAAUACACAUAAUUUUAAUAUUCUUCAAAAUAUUUGAAAAUAAUAUUCUGUAAUAGUUUUUAGUUAAAUGAAUUUCCAUUUAUAAAUUGUCGAUAAUACGGUAAUAAAAGUGUGGUCCUUAAUUUGUCUUGACAACGACCUUCCAUGUGGCAUCAUAGUGACGAUUAAUUGACGAUUAUCUGGAGAUUAAGUGCUAUUCCAAAAAUUUAAAAUGAUCAAAAUCAAAGCCCUAUACCGUACGCAGCCCUUUUGGCAGCAAACAACAAUGACGCUGCUUCUACUCUACCCUAUUUUGAUAACAAAUUUUACAGGUUGGACACAAGCCGCCGUUUUGCCUGAUGGCCAUAGAAUUGACUGUGAACAUUUUGAUGAAAGGAAUUGUACUACGGAGGGUGAUUGCGCGAUCAAAGUAGAGCACUGUAAGGUGGAGUCGGAGAAGACAUCCAGUUGUUAUGUGCUAUGGACCAUUGAUAGGGACACAGGUGAAACCAAAAUUAAAAUGAAGGGUUGCUUCACUGAUAUGCAUGAAUGCAAUCAAACGGAAUGUAUUACCAGCAUGGAGCCGCGUCAAAAUAAAUUAUACUUUUGCUGUUGCAAGGGCUCCAUGUGUAAUAGGGAGCACAAAUGGAUUCCUACCACCACCGAGGCCACAACUCAAGUACCGAAGGAAAAAACAACGGAUAAUACGAACGUAAUUUACGUAGUAGUUUGUGCAGUUGUGUUCGUUUGUUUAGCGCUUUUGUUGGCACCAUUCGCAUUUUGCUACUACCGCAAGCGCAAACCGAGCAAUUUCAACGAAAUACCAACGAAUGAAACGGAAGCUACAAAUGCUUCGCCAUUGCUCAACAACCGGCCUAUACAUCUAUUGGAGCUGAAGGCUAGCGGGCGUUUCGGUGACGUGUGGCAGGGUAAGCUGCAUAGCCAAGAUGUGGCCGUUAAGAUAUUUCGUAUGCAGGAGAAGGAGUCUUGGAAUACCGAAGUGGAUAUUUAUAAGCUACCACGCAUGCGGCAUCCAAAUAUCUUAGAGUUUCUUGGUUGCGAAAAGCACACAGAGAAAGUGCAAUUGGAAUACUGGCUCAUCUCCGUGUAUCACCCAAACGGUUCACUAUGUAAUUACUUGAAAUCGCAUACACUUACUUGGCUGGAGCUGUGCAAAAUCGCUGAAUCCAUGUCGCAAGGUUUAAUGCAUUUGCAUGAGGAAAUACCGGCCGGCAAGACGGACGGUCUAAAGCCAUCCAUAGCGCAUCGCGAUUUCAAGUCCACAAAUGUGCUUCUGAAGGGCGACUUGACGGCGUGCAUUGCUGACUUCGGCUUGGCUAUGGUAUUUCAACCUGGCAAACCGUGCGGCGAAACUCAUGGUCAAGUUGGCACACGCCGCUACAUGGCUCCCGAGGUGCUGGAGGGCGCCAUCAAUUUCAAUCGUGAUGCAUUUCUGCGCAUCGACGUAUACGCGUGCGGUUUGGUAUUGUGGGAGAUGGUGUCGCGCUGCACCGCUGUGGGACCUGUUGGCGACUACAUGUUGCCAUUUGAAGCUGAGCUUGGACUGCGUCCUACUUUGGAUGAGAUACAAGAUACUGUAGUCACAAAGAAAUUGAGACCGCGCUUGCUGAACACAUGGCGAACGCAUGUUGGCCUCAACAUCUUCUGUGACACCAUGGAAGAGUGCUGGGAUCACGAUGCUGAAGCACGUCUCUCCUCGUCGUGUGUCAUGGAGCGCUUCGCACAAUUAUGCAAAUACACGGCAACGCCAUUGCUAAUUGAAAAUAACACAAAUUGCGAGGAAGAGCGUUUGACAGCUAAUUGCUUAUAGGAAAGGUAUUAAAUCACUUCGUUAGCGCUGAAGUGAUUGCCAGAUCAUGAGAACAACUUACGAUUCAAUACAUAACGUUAAGGCGAUGAAAAUUAAGCUGAGAGGUAACCGGUAUACGUCAUAUCCGCAUAUACCAUAUGUAUAUUUAAACAUAUAUAACGUUUAAUAACCGUUACAUUUUAAAGUGUACAUUUGAUAGUUUUACGUUCAACAAAUAGUACGAUAAGAAGUAGCGUAAAAGCUGGCUGGCAAGUUAAAGUAUGUUGAUAGUUAAGUUGUAUAGACGACCAUGCAAUACACAAACACACACAUACAUUCACAACCAUAAACAUUUACCAAAAUACAAAAAUAGAAAAUGUUAAAAAAUUAUGCUGAAAGUGCAAAAAACAAAAAAAUGAUUUUAUAAGGAUUAUGUAACUCAUAAAACACACACUCUAAUUAGAAACAACACGUCUGACUCAUCUGUUAAACAAUAAAGAAAUCAUAUUAUUGUUAUUGAAACCUUUUUAAGAUCAUUAAAGUUAGUUUAUUGCUUUUAAUGUGUACUCACUUCAUGCUACAGACACAAUUCAGUUACGUGCAACCUUACAGACACCUGCAUACUGCAUAUGCACCAUAUAUAUUUGACAAUUUUAUCUUGUUUAAUCUAUAUUAAAUAUUAUUUCUGUACCUUCUGUUAUCAGUUAUGUAACUUCAUUCAUCCCCAUAUAUUCGUACUCUGUACUGCCAUUUGUUUCCGCACAUAAACCAUGCAUACAUACCUACAUUUGUUGUUUGCGAGCACAUUUUAUUUUCUUCCAACAAAAUAAUUUUACUGUUAAGCUACGAAAUAAGUCUAAUGCAAGUCAUAAUAUUUUACAAAAAAUGCAUAAAGUGAUUUUGUACCCCAAACAAAAUUUAAUUAAUGUAAUUUUAUUUUUAAUUUUUAGAAAUGUAUGCGCAAGUUUGUCUAGACUUCCUCAAAAUUUUGUUGAAUUUCUGAUGAACUUGCGCAUGCAUAACUAAGGGGUUUCUGUGGAAAUAAACGUUAUUUUUAAUUUAA